ACCUCUUCUUUACCUCCCUCACCAUCAUCCUCGGUGGCGUGUGGGCUGGAACGCCGCCUUCCCUGACGCCACCGGCCUCCACGUCUCGUUGACCUAGAGUUUCCAUUGGUUAAAACCCUGCCGCUUGAGGUGCGACAUCAAUGGCUCCUCAAGUCUCCACCGGGAGGCUUCUGGAGCUCAGCCUGAUCUCGGCCCAGGACUUGGCCCCGGUGUCCAAGUCCAUGCGCACCUAUGCUGUUGCGUGGGUCACGCCCGACCGCAAGCUCACGACACGCGUGGAUGAGAACGGCGCAGCCAACCCCACUUGGAACGAGAAGUUUGUGUUCCGCGUCGAUGAUGCUGCCUUGGAGUCCAACACCUCCGAAGUCACGAUCGAGAUCUACGCCCUCACGUGGCUCCGUGUUGUACUCACUGGCAUCGUCCGUGCCCGACUUUCGGACCUCGUCCCUCCUUCGGCUAGGAAGCUGAACAGGAACGUCACCGCCACGCGGUUCUUCACCCUCCAAAUAGCCCGCCCGUCAGGUCGUCCGCAGGGAACGAUGAACAUCGGGGUCUCGCUCAUUAAUGCCCCCCUUCGGAGCAUGCCGCUCCAGUCGGAGGUCAGCGUCACGACCUAUGGCGCCACAGAAGUAACGGUGAAGGGAAAGGAAAAGAACUUGCCCGUCAAGGAUCAAAGGAACCCUAACAACAAGAAGAUCCAGUUGUGGCGAUCCCAUAGCGAGAGAACUGAUGAUAGAUUCUGUCCGUAUUAUCCGGCGAGUUCGGUGUAUAAUGAAUCCAUGGUUAAUGGAUCCCAAGUGGGGUUGAGGCAUAGAGGUGCCGGAAGCGUGGUUGGUAUGGGUUCCCUAGUGUCAUCCAUCGGGCCAUCGGCUUCGAUCGUGGCUGCAGCAAUAGCCAAGGGUAUCUAUCCGAGGCGGGCAAAUGCUUACAAUGACGACGGCGGGAGCUCGAUCCUGUUAGAAACAAUGGCAGAGACAGAGAGCGCUGAGGGGCUGAAGACAAAGAUAGACAGGUGGCGAACGGAACUUCCACCUUUGUAUGACCGAAAGAGCGGGAAGCCAAACCCUAGAGGAGGCCAUGCACGGAGGCGAAGGCACAGCGACGGAGGGGCCGGGCUGUUUUCGUGCUUUGGCAAUGCAUACGGGUGUGAGUUCGCCAUUAGCUGUGGUGGCGGUGGCGGCAACAAGAAGAAGCAUAAGUGAUCUGCUUUGCCACGGACGGACUAAACUUGAACCCAAGGCUAAAUGAAGAUGCGAGCCGCCUUAGACAGCUCUCUCUAAGUCGAUUAUCCUUUUAUAAUAUGCAUGGUUAAGUCGAUCAAGGCUUGUGUAAUCAUAUAAAGUCUAAGUGAGAAAACCCGAAUACUAAUCAGAGUUAUAUAUAUAUCGACAUAUAUCCGACCUUUUUCUUGGAUAUAUAACUCUAAAUUUAAUUGGCUCCUGGCUAGGAACAGGGAUGGCUAGAUGGGACCGAUCGACGUUGACCUAAUAGCACGAGACAGAUGAAUUGCAUAAACAUUUGCCUUGAGUUCGGGAGCUAGUGGACUAAUGUAGAUCGGCUGGGCUCUUGUGGACUGUGGAGGGUGCAUAUGGAAUA